AAUAGCUUCCACGUUAUCACGGCUUAUCAAUCUCUGCAAACGACAAUAGAUUUAGAGGCUAAUGUGAAAUGUAGAUUUUCUAAGAGAGUGCAGUUUCUUUUUUCUCUUUUUUUUCUUCCAGGUCUAAGAUCAUUUUGGUUUACGUCUGCUCAUUCAAGACUGUGCCCGCCAUCGCAAUGGAAAUAACUUUCGCGACUGAAACCGCUGCGGACCAGGAGGAGGGCUUGGAGGAGGAGGCGGAGGAGGCGGCGGUGCUGGUGGUGCUGGUGGAGUUGGACGGGCGGCGCUGGCGGCGCGAAGGGUCGUGA